UGGGUAGUUAACAAUUAAAAUUAAGUUUCUUUAACUAUUUAAACUUGUAAACUAUUUAUAUUUAACUAUUUAUAGGAUAUAUUUAUUGUAAAUUAUUUAUAUUUAAUUAUUUAUAGGAUAUAUUUAUUGUAAAUUAUUUAUAGGAUUGCAGAUUGUUUGAUUAUAUUUGUCUGUUUUGAUUACCACUGUUUUGUAUUGUGUUUUGUUUAUUGUAUUUGCAUGUUGUAAAAUUUCCUUUGUUAUGUACCUCACGGGCUGCCGCAGCUUAAUGAGGACAGGCCCUAUAAAGGCCGCUGUAUCAAUGUAUGCCGACAAUAACCCUCAGAGCCGUGCUUGCAUUGUGAUUCUUAGCGUUCCCUGGUGAAAGCAGCGAGUUUUCACGGUGACAUUGAUGACUGAGAUGAUCCGCAUCAAAGAAAAUAAACAUUGAAAAUCACCUGUCGAGACCGCUGAAAUUUCAUUCACUGCUGGGGAGCUGCUACAGUGAAAACUCGUAGCUUCUGUGCGUCUGGACAUCCAUUGACGGCGAGAAUUCUGGAUCUGACAUCGGCCGAAGUUUGACGCAGCAUCAGAGUCAACGCCUCCAUGAGGAGUUGUCUUCGCGGUGGAUCCAAGUUUGCUUCAGAAACUGAAUCCAACAGAUGAUCGCUGGCUUGGUGAGAAAUUGACUUAUCAAACACGGAAACAACUUGAAGAUGACGUCACCUGACUUUUAUUGGCGUUUGUGAAAUUACGCCGAAUUAUUUAAAAGGUAACUGGACUAAUUAAGAGGAAGAAAAAAAAAAUAAUAAUAAUAAUAAAAAAUAAAAAUAAAUGAAAAAAAAAAAAAAAAAACAUUUAUGGGUUUAAUUUCACUGUAAGGUUUAAGUCAUUGUAAAGGGUUAAGAUGUCACUGCCAAGUGUAAAAGGACUUUCUACUGAAGAUGUGUGCUCUGAUGUAAAGCCAAAAGGACAAGAGUUGGUUUCAGGUCCACGGACAAGAAAGUUAACUGGAAAGGGAGAGCAGUACAGAGAAGCAGAAUCUGCAAAAUGGAUAAAGGCAUUUCUUAAAUCUUAUGGAUCCUGGAAGCAAAUUGCCAGGGAAGCCAGGAGGAAAUUAAAAGGUUUCUGCUCUCAGGAGAAUCUGAAUGAAAUAAAUCAGCAAGUCCAAAACAGUCUUGAUAAAGUGAAACAAAAUUAUGAGUGUCUUCAACGUAAUUCUUUAAAUACUCCAGAUAUUGUGCAGAAACUAGAUGCCUGUACUAUAUUAACAAAUGAGAUUUAUGAUCUUGUGUGUAAGCGUUUGGAAGGGAGUAUUGUUGAAGAAAAUUUUAAUCAAGAAGUUGAAAAGGAAAGGGUGCGAGAAAUCUUAAAUAGAGAUGAAUAUCAGUCUGUUUUUGGAGAAGCCUCUACUGAAAAUUCUUCAUGUGCAUAUGGUUCAUCAACUACCAGUUCCAAAGUUUCUCAAGAGCGGGUAAUUGCAGAAGCUGAUCUUGCAGCCAAAAGGGUUCAAGUUAAAUCCAUGUUGGAGAUUGAAGCUCAACAUGCUAAAGUCAGUAAACUUGAAUGUGAGUGGAAAUGUCAUGAGUCCCAGAUUAUGGCAGAAAUGAAGCAGAAGGAGGCUGAAGUGCUGCAGCAACUUGAUGAGGAAAAGAGCAAGUUAAAGGUAAUGGAGACUGAUAUGGAAGUUAAAAUGGCUGCAGCUCGGGUUGAUGUUUACAGCAGACUUGAGGAUGGUGUUGAAAGGGAAAAUCUUGAUUUUGAGCCUGAAGUUAAGUCAAUGCAACCUUUAAAACACCCAAGAAAGUCGACUGCAAGGGCUGCAACUAUUUUACCAUCUCAAGUUUGCUCUGAGAUUUCUGCAGUAAACUUGGCUGAAGCCUUAACGAGCUCGUUAAGUUUAAGUCGCCUCCCUGUUCCUAUACCUGCCAUAUUCUCAGGUGACCCUUUGAAAUUUGUGGACUUUAAGAUAUCAUUUACAACUUUAAUUGAUUCAAAGGCCAUCUCUGCUGGAGAAAAAAUGUUGUAUCUGAAAAGUUAUCUCUCUGGAGAAGCCCGAAAGGCUGUAGAAGGUUUCUUUUACAGAAGUUCUGAAGAUGCAUAUGAAGGUGCAUGGGCAGUUCUUCAGGAGAGAUAUGGAAACUCGUUUGUAAUUCAGAAAGCAUUUAGGGAUAAACUUAAGUCAUGGCCUAAGAUUGCACCAAAUGAUCCAUCGUCUCUCAGAGAUUUUGCAGACUUUUUGAAAAGUUGUGAAGAGGCGAUGCCUCAAGUUAAAGGACUGUCUAUCUUAAAUGAUUGUGAAGAGAAUCAUAAGAUGUUGAAGAAAUUACCAGAUUGGGUUGUACGUAAAUGGAGCAGAGUUGUUGUUGAAGUACUAGAUGCAUGUGGGGAAUAUCCAUCUUUUGAAUGUUUUUCUAGAUUCAUAAAAAAGGAAGCACGCAUAGCAUGUAAUCCUAUUGCUUCUCCAUUUUUGUUAAAGUCUAGAACUUCUUCAAAUGAUCUUUCCAGAAAAGCAAAAGCUCUUAGUACCAGUACGGAGUUCAAGAAACAAGAAACUGUUCAUGUUCUGAAAUCUAAACUGCCUUGUUUGGUUUGUACAGACACGUCGCACAGUAUUGCUAAAUGCCCUAAAUUUGCAGUUAAAUCAAUGGAAGACAAAAUGUCAUUUAUACAUCAGAACCAUCUUUGUUUUGGAUGCUUGAGAAAGGGCCAUUUAUCGAAAGAUUGUAAAACACGCCAUGUUUGUGGAGAGUGUAGACGGCAUCAUCCUACUUGUUUGCACCUGGAGAGAGUAAGAUCUCAGGAUGCUGCUCAGCAGUGUUCCAUCUCUUCAGAAGAAACACCUCAGGUUUCUCGCAGUGUCUUGUCUCAUGCACUCACCCGAAACAUUUCUGCAACAUCAAGUAUUGUUCCAGUUUUUUUGUCCUCUGUGAAGGAUCCUGGGAAGGAAAUACUUACUUAUGCACUCCUUGAUACUCAGAAUUCGGAGCUUUUUCUCUGA